AUGAUCAAAUCACUGAUCAUCGCGCUAACGACACUACUGACCAGCAGCCGCUGCUUUACUACCAUCCGCAAUGGCCAGCAAGUCCUGGGCGGACCCGAUAACGAGAUCAAUAUCCGUCCCGUGGUCAAAGAAGACCUAGACGAUGUCGUAACGACCUUCCUCGAUGCCUUCGGCCCUGGCGCCAUAGCACAGUAUACCCAAUUCCCCGACCCAAGCCUGCGAAAUUACACACAUCGAUGUUACCUCCAGCUGUUCGAAAAGGACUGGGCGCGCUUCGAAGCCAAUGAACUCACCUUUGCCAAUGUGAUCACUGUACCCCGAGGUCCAGAUGAGAUGGAGAGUAUGAGGAGUAAGAAGGUCGUCUCAUUCGCCUUCUGGCGCUGGUUGGAAGUGAAGCAGGAGCGAUCCUCGUCAUUCCAAUUCCAGCCUUUCCACCCCUUAGCCUUACGCCACGAAGGCAAAUGCUCCGACCACCUAGAUACGAACACGACCCGCGAAGCUCAAGUCAUAGCCUACAUGGACGACAUCGAACGAAAAUACUACAGCAACCUGACGCAUACGGAACUCUACCUCAAUGUGAUAGCCACGCAUCCGGACUGGGAUGGUCAUGGUUUCGGAGCCGCGCAAGUCGAGUACGGCUUAGGAAAGGCUAAGGAGGCAGGCGCCAAUGUGACGCUUGUGGCUACACCGGCUGGGCAUCCGUUGUAUGCGAGUUUGGGGUUUGAGGCGGUGGCGAAUGUGACGAUGCAGAUGUUUGAUGGGCUGGGGGUUUUAUGGUUGGAGUAUAUGAGGUGGAAUUUCGAGGCGGAAAGCACUUGA